AUGCCCGGCGACGAGGCCCCGCUGCAUCGCUUGAGCGCCCAAGAUCGCGGUCCGAUCGUCAUUAUAUCCGCAUACUCCUGGGCCUUUGUCACUCUUCUCAUUUCCUUCAUCCGCUUUAGCUUCGCCCGCGCCCAGCGCCUGCCGUUCAAGCUUGACGACUGGAGCUUCUCCUUCGCUGCAAUAUUCGCCCUAGCAAAUUCCGUAUGCUUUCAUAUAGCCACCAACGGCGGCCUCGGCCGUCACAUCGCAGACCUCAGUCCUGGCCAACUCGAUGAGUACUACAAGGCCAUGUAUGCCGCCCAACUCGUCGGAAUCGCAUCCAUGGCUUUCGCAAAAACAUCUUUCUUCCUGCUUGCAGACCGUGUAGCUCCGCAAUUCCCACGAACAUUCUACAGCAUCAUCGCUAUGAUCGCCGCCUGGGCUGUCUUCUCUAUACUAUCCAUCUCGUUUCAAUGCCAUCUACCCCGAGCCUGGGUUUAUGUUCCCAGUGAUUGUCCAACGCACGGCUAUUUGCAGUAUCCAAUUAUCAUCGGCAAUGCUCUGACAGACGCAUUUCUGGCUCUAUGGUUUCUCCCCACCAUCUGGCGUGUCCUCAUCGACAAAAACAAGCGCAUAGCCGUCAUAGCCCUGUUCGGCACUCGGAUAUUAGUCUCCUUCACGGCAAUCGCCCAGAUGGUCAUAGUGGGAAUUAACCUUCACAAAAAGGACCAGACCCGCGCAACUUGGGUCCCCGCCAUGGUAAUGCAAGCUGUCGUAAAUCUAUCAGUACUCAGCGCCACUAUCCCGCGCACAAACCACUUCUUCGCAAGCCUUCACGCCGGCCUCGUCACCAUGCGUCUCACAGAUUUCGAACUCGAUGCCUCGCUGGGCCUCUCACGUCCUCAGCACCCGCGGCGGCGUGAAGAGCCGCCACUGAAGUUAGUACCUUCAGGCACCGAGGGCCACUUGCAAACGAACGUAAGCGGUAGAAGUAAAAGGAGCGAAAAGAGAUGGAAUAAAUUCAAGGGCAAGAAGAGAGCCGUGGACUGGCAGAACACAAUGUCGAUGGGCAGUACAAGGGACGACGAGAAUAGUACAAGCAGCUUGUACAACAGCCAAGGAGGAAUUGCCAUGAGGCAGACCCAGGAGACGAAGAUCGAGUAUGUGAAAAGACAGCCCAUUCUCGUGCGUAGACCAUGA